AUGACGAAGUCUUCAAAAGAUCAGAGGAACCAAGAGAUCACUGCCGUACCGAAAGCCAACCAUUACCAACGCCUCCGCAAAGAGUUUCUCUAUGUCUUUCUCUUCGUUUCUGGCUCACCCUAACAGUGCAUCCCUCCUUCAUCUACUUACUCGUGCAUAGAGGCAUAUGCAUACAGUCUAGCUCAUAAACUUCAACUGCCCCUUGGCCCUUGUCUUAAACACUGAGAGUCUUCAGAUUCUCUGACUGUCCUGUUACUCCUGCAGUGCCUGUGAAGAGUUCUUCAGCUAUUUGUAUAUACGCACCCAAACGGACCACAUGGUUGAUCAUACAACGUCCGAGGCCGAGUCUCUCUCUUUCCCUCAUAUGUUUGGACCCCCGACAGAAGGUCAAAGGUCAACUCAUGAACUUUACCAGCAUGAAUUAGUGAAUAGCCUGACCCAGUUUGAGGUCUCCAACCAUCUCCCAUUUGAGGCCAGUGACGGCACAGGCAGCACGAUGAAUGGAACAGAUCAAUCAGGCAAUGCAUCUUACUGGGGCAAUAUGUCUCCAGUUUCAUAUAUGGCACUGAACCGGACAAGGCCCCUGGAAUGUAUGACACUGUCUGGAAUUCUCACUGUCACCAACAGGGAGCGACAGAGAGUUAUGACACAAUGGGGCCUCAACGACAGAAACUGGAUUCUUUCUCUGAGGCUUUCUGCAGCCGUAGCACCUCCCAAAUACAGGAUGGAGGAGAGCAUAAUGGCUUCAACACUCCAUCCAACAACUCUACGCCACCUUCAAAUGUUAUGUCCUUCCCUUUGGUUCUUAGUCCACCUCCAACGCCCCUCCCUCCUCCCUCAUUUUCACCUCCUAAGCGACCAGGACACUGCGUACCUGGGCAGAUUCUGAGCCAGUCGCAGAUGCAAACACAGACAGAUGGGUCACUGCAAUUCUUCCCUCUAUCCUCCCCCUCCACCAGCAGGUUCAAUCAUCCCAGUUGGCUCCAGCUACCAUCUGAAGACACAGAGGGUGUGGACCAAAUACAGCCCCUCUCACAAGAUUCAAAUCCCUCCCUGGUUUAUUCAGAACAUGCAGGACCCCAUCUGAAACAACUGUCUCAGCAGAAAAGUACAGACUGUUUACUGUCCUUCAACCCUGCACUGGCCCAACAUCUCCAUCCACAGUCCUGUGUCCAGCUCCAGUUGGGCCACGAGCCUCUGACUUCUGAGGAUCACAUGUCAUGGUCUCAGAUGGGGCAAUCAUCUUCCUCUGGACCUUCUCAACAGCUCAGUCUCCAAGUCCAGGGAUCAGGGUUAGGAGAGGGGUUAAGAAUCAGCUGUGGACCAAACUUCAGCUCUGGGUUCUCGGACAAACCUCUGUGGACCUCCAACACACAGAACGUCCCCAUUGCUGUGUACACCGGAGUCCCCUUCAGCAGUGUGAUCCAGCUGGGUAGGGAGCUCAUGGAGACCUGGGAGGGAACUGUGUCCCACUAUACGCCUCCCCCAAUGCUGAAUCCCACUCGCAGUGGAACAGGACUCUUCUAUAACCUGCUGCCCCCCUUUGCUGUGGAAAACAGAGCACUGUGGAAUGAUGAAAGGAAAGACAAUGACUCAAACAGGUCCAUAAAUAUAGGUCCAGAUUUCCAAGCUGAGCUGCCUGAUCUUUUAGAAGAAAUAUUGCAGAGGAACCAGUCACGGAGGAACUGUUGUGGAAACCUUGGGCAGAAUUAGAGCAGAGUGACAAUGUUUUACAGCAUGUGGAGAAUCUUUUAGACCUGAGCGCUUCUAGUGUUCUACCAGGAGGUGGUGCCAAUUUGGAACUUGCUCUGCAUAGCCUGUCUCGCUGCCAAGGAAACAUUCUUGAAGCACUAGAGAUGCUACUAUUCUCCAACUCCGCUCCAUCAGAAGACUACCACUACUCUGGCACUAAUACCUGGACUAAAAGUGAACAAAAACUAUUCCAUAAAGCAUUUACAAUUUAUGGAAAAGAUUUCUCCUUUAUUCAGAAAAUGGUACAAACAAAGACCGUGUCUCAGUGUGUAGAAUUUUACUACAACUCAAAGAGACUUUUAGAAAAGCAAAGAAAACCGAUGGAAAGAGAAAAAGGAUAUCCAGGAGAGGAAACCAACACAGUCACUGUUUGUCAGGUUCCUUCAGUCCAGAAGAUGCUAGUUAACCAAACAAGUAUUGAGACAUUGAUUCACACCCCACCACUUCCCACAAGCUUUCCUUGUAAACAGUGUGGAAAAAUGUUCUACAAAAUCAAAAGCAGAAACGCACACAUGAAAAUCCAUCGGCAGCAGCAAGAGGACUGGAGAGAAAAACUCCAGAUACACCCAACUCAGCACCACGGCCUUAACCUAACCAGGGCAUUGCCUCAUCCAAACCAGCAACUCCUAACCCAGACCCACCAUCAGAACCACAUUUUAACCCAAAGCCUAAUUCAGAAUCUGGUCCAGUCACAAACCCAGCUGGCAUUACUCCAGAGCACAAAGACAGAGUUCAUGCCCAAGCAGCAGUACCAAUUAUAUGGCUCCCACCCAAAAUCCACAGAUUGUGCUCAAAGUACGUCUCUCACCACUUCACACUGGACAUCAGACAUGGGUCUCCCUGGACAGCCUAAAGACAGGUGGCCAGUUCUGUAAGUGACUGUAUAAAGGGGCUCCAUUUUAGUAGAAAGGAGUCAUUCUAUAGUAUUCGGGUUUUUUUCUUAAAUCAUUGUCAUGUAUCACAAAUUUACAAUUUAACAAAGUGUGCUUGAGGGUUUACGUCAAUUCAUUGGGAGGCAGAAUAACCACAUGACAAGACAAUGCUUAAGAAAUAACAGGUUUAUUAAAUAUUUCAAAUGUAUAAAAAUUAUCCAUUAGGUCCUGAAACAGAAA